CACAAAUGCAGACUCAGGACAUUGGUCUUGUGCGACUCCGAUACACAUAGCAGGGAUUUAGCGGCCCCGACUUCGGUCCCAUCUCACUUAAUUGGUCUACUUGCUCGUCCUCUCAUGUGCAGCAUACCCUGCUACCAUCAAUGGCGGCUGCAUGGCGAUCAAUGAAGGGCUUCUCGAAUCCGGACUCUACACCGCAGCCUUCCGUCUCCAAAUGGCAAUAUUGCCUGACACGCUUACUCGCUUGGCUGACGACGUCCUUGUUGCCCCUUGAACGCACUGCGUCUUCUCGAUAGUGCUUACAUGCUAUACAUUUAUGCAACUUUUUCAAUGGAGGCCUGACCAAGGCCAGCAAGAAAGUCUUUCGCCGCAGACUCAGGAACAUUUAGCCUGCCGUGGAUGAUUUCUUGCAGUACUCUAUGUGAGUCUGAGCCUCCUGCGAUUAAGCAUGCGCUUUGCGAUUAAGAAGUCAUCUGCAGGUCAUGGUUCUGGCAUUUCUAGCAUCCGUCUUUUGUUUGCUGUGUCUGUUGGCUUUUCUCUUGUACUCUAAAGACUUUCGACGCUGGCUGCCCACCUAUUCAGAACAGCAACACAGUUCAGCAAACCUUUCAACACCCCGCAUCAGCAGAGAUCCAGCUCUGAUCCGUCCAGACUAUGAUGUUGUCAUUAUCGGGUCAGGUUAUGGAGGCGGAGUGGCAGCAUCACGGCUGGCAAGAUCCGGAAAGAGGGCUGGUCAAUUCCCACAUACAUUGAAGGCAGCUCUGCGAGAGUCUCGCGUGAACGACAUAUGCCCUGGGAGGCAACGUACCUUGGGCAAAGCAUCUGGCUUGUACCAUAAAUACAAAGGCAAGGGGCAGGACGUGUUCUCUGGAUGUGGAUUGGGUGGUUCCAGUCUGAUCAAUGCCGGAGUCUUCCUCAGAGCAGAAAAUAGGAUAUUCGAAGGUCCAGAGUGGCCAGUCGAGAUUCGAGAGAACAGUGAUGGCUUGAAGCAGUACUACCAGAGAGGCGAGCAAAUGUUUCGGCCAUCUCCAUACCCCGAGAGUUUACCGAAACAACAGAAGUUGACUGUCUUCGAGUGUCAAUCAAAGGAUCUUGUUCUCCACGAUCGCCUCUAUCUACCACCGCUGACCACAAGCUUCGACAAUUGCAUUAACAGCGCUGGAGUGACGGUGUGCCAGUCGACAGGCUCUGGGAACGAAUGUGCCGGUGUGAACGAUGGAUCGAAGAACUCUGUCUUAGUGACUUACCUAGCCGACACCUGGACUUGGGGAGCUGAGAUAUUUUGUGGCGUUGAUGUGAAGCACGUCCGUAAACUUGAUCACGAAAAAGAACUCGUAAUCCUUGGAGCAGGUGCUGUGGGCACAACAGAGAUUCUUCUGCGUUCUCGCUCUUACGGUCUCCCUGCGUCGCCUCUUCUCGACCAGAGGUUAUCCGGCAAUGGGGACUUACUGGCGUUCGCAUAUAAUUGCAAGCAAAGUUUAAAUGCCAUCGGUGGAGAGACAUCCUCAAUAUCACAUCAUGAACGCUGCGGUCCCACGAUUACAGCGUGCAUAGACAUGAGGGGAACCGGAGAAGCACCAAACUCAAUGCUCAAAGCCGGAAUCCCCAUGACGUAUUCAUACAAGAGACAAACUCUCAUGAAAGCCAUCGCGAGUAUGAAGAUUUGGAUACUAGGCCCCUACUACGCCGGAGGGAGCGUAAAUCGCACUGCGGUCUAUUUGGUCAUGUCAUAUGAUGAGAACGAGGGGACUAUGGAAAUAUCAGACGUGAAAACAAACUUACAGUGGUCGGGAAUCGGCGCUGAAUCGAGAAACGAUCAUAUCAAAAAUCUGCCCGCAGGCGCAUCGGCGAGUAUUGGAGCAACAUACGUCCCGGUGCCAUCUGUGUGA